AACGGGCCUUAGUAACCGGGGCUGCAGCGGCCGUCGGCUCCGCUACACCAAAUACAAGGAGCGGGCCCGCAACCCCGACCCAUCCCCUGUCCCCGGUUCCGAUCAGAGAUUCCUGGGAUACUCCCCUCUUUCCCCUCCCCAUCCCCCUCCUUGGUUCUUGAGAAAGGUCGGAGCCGGCGGGUUAGCAGCGCCUGCGCGGGCGGAGCUUUCCGCUUUCCCCUCUCACACCCCCGGAACCUUUGUCGGGAGGCGGCGGGUUGCACCCGGACGUUGCUAGGGCCCCGGGUCCGGCGCCGCUCAGAGAUGUUCAAGAACACGUUCCAGAGCGGAUUCCUCUCGAUCCUCUACAGUAUCGGCAGCAAACCCCUGCAGAUCUGGGACAAGAAGGUGAGGAAGGACCUUAGCCUUUACCCGGAGGGGCAUCUGAGGAGAGAAAACAAAGUUAACAUUUCAGGUCUGGUGAAACUAAUCACAGCGGAAAUCCUUUACAGCACAACAUACAUCACCUGCCCAGCAGAUCCCAAGAAGACCCUCGGUAUCAAGCUACCUUUCCUGGUGAUGAUCAUCAAGAACCUGAAGAAAUAUUUUACUUUUGAAGUGCAGGUUCUGGAUGAUAAGAAUGUGCGCCGGCGAUUCCGAGCGAGUAACUACCAGAGUACGACUCGGGUGAAGCCGUUCAUCUGCACGAUGCCGAUGAGGCUGGAUGAUGGCUGGAACCAGAUCCAGUUUAACCUGUCCGAUUUCACCCGGCGAGCGUACGGCACAAACUACAUUGAGACUCUGCGAGUACAGAUUCAUGCAAACUGUCGAAUCCGCCGAGUUUACUUCUCUGACAGGCUGUAUUCUGAGGAUGAGCUCCCAGCUGAAUUCAAACUUUACCUACCUGUACAGAAUAAGGCCAAGUGAGAAUGAUGAGCAGGAUGAAGCUUCCAUGUGUUAUCAGGAGUCUAGAACCACCUCUUCUCUUCAGUACCAUCACCUUGCCCAAUAUAAGGUUUCUCUGUGGAAAGUAAAUGUUUUGUAUAUUUUCAUUUAAUAUAAGCCUGGUGAUUUAAACAUUCUUGUUGUUUUGCUUUAAAUAUUGUACCUUUUUCUGAAUUAAAACUUUCUUUUAUCUAA